UGCUCGCCGGCGCCCCCCGCAGGCAGUCACUGGAGGAGCAGAAGAAGCUGGAGGGGGAGCUGACGGAGGAGGUGGAGCUGGCCAAGCGGCGCAUCGACGAAAUCAACAAGGAGCUGAACCAGGUGAUGGAGCAGCUAGGGGACGCCCGCAUCGACCGGCAGGAGAACAGCCGCCAGCAGCGCAAGGCCGAGAUCAUGGAGAGCAUCAAGCGCCUCUACCCCGGCUCCGUGUACGGGCGGCUCAUCGACCUCUGCCAGCCCACGCAGAAGAAAUACCAGAUCGCCGUCACCAAGGUGCUAGGCAAGAACAUGGACGCCAUCAUUGUGGACUCGGAGAAGACGGGCCGCGACUGCAUCCAGUACAUCAAGGAGCAGCGGGGCGAGCCGGAGACCUUCCUCCCCCUGGACUACCUGGAGGUGAAGCCCACGGACGAGAAGCUGCGGGAGCUGAAGGGGGCCAAGCUGGUGAUCGACGUGAUCCGCUAUGAGCCGCCCCACAUCAAGAAGGCCCUGCAGUACGCCUGCGGGAACGCCCUGGUGUGUGACAACGUGGAGGACGCCCGGCGCAUCGCCUUCGGGGGCCACCAGAGGCACAAGACUGUCGCCCUGGACGGCACCCUGUUCCAGAAGUCGGGGGUGAUCUCUGGCGGCGCCAGCGACCUGAAGGCCAAGGCUCGGCGUUGGGACGAGAAGGCCGUGGAUAAGCUGAAGGAGAAGAAGGAGAGGCUGACAGAGGAGUUAAAGGUGCAGGAGGUUGGGGGUCAGAUCCAGUAGGGGGCGCUCUCUCCCGGCAGUCAGUGCUGGGAGCUAGGCAGCUCUGUGUUGUGAGGCGUUCUGUG